UCGCCACCAACCGCAAACCGCCCGCAUCUCCCGCUCCCGCCUCGCCCCAGGUCUCACGAGUCACGACCGCCGCUGUGCCCUUGUUUUUUUUCAGCGGCGUUUCAGAUUUGCGACCAUCGUUCAUCGCCCCCCGCUCUUCGCGCAUCGCGCUCUAGCUUGCGCUUAUCGCGCCCUACCUUGCGCUUAUCGCGCCUUUGUCCCUCUCCUUCCCGCCCAUCUUCUUCCGCCCAUAUCGAUUCCACCCAUCUCCUUCCCCCCAUCUUGCAUCCGCCCGGGAAGGUCUCGCCUCAGGCAUUCAUAUCCCCCGCCUUUCCCGCACGCCGCACAUUUGCCUAGGAUCCCUAACUUGAUAGUCGCUUGGGAUUAUCAUCUCGUUUCCUCCUUGCUACUCUCCGCCUACCGAUGUUCGCCACGUGGCUGCGCCUCGCGGCGCGUCAGACGCACGUGGGCGAGGCGGCGGAGAAGGGAUCGGCGGCGGUGAUUCUUCGGAUAGUGCGGGAGCACGGGCCGUGCAACAAGAAUGUUCUAUGGACGCACGCUGAGGAGGCGGGGGUGAAGAGCAAGCGGCACAUGAAGCUCAUGCUGCGGUGGCUGAUGGAGAAGAACCAGAUUCGCAUCAAGUGCCUCACACAUGACCCAUCAGCACCCCAGCAGCAGCAGCAGCAGCAGCAUGGGAUGGCAGGAGCCCCAGGAGCAGCGGCAGCAGCGGCUGCUGCGUCAAGGGGAGCUGGAUCGGGGGCAUUUGCUGGCGCUGCUGCGGCUAGAGUGCAACCGGCAGGAGCGAAGAAGAGAUCGACGAAGCAUGUGUCAGUAGAGAAGGAAUUUAUUUACUCCAUCGCGCCAAGAUAUGUACCUAAAAGCGAGUAGCAUUGUAUGAUUGGAUGGGAGACAAUUUGGGCAAUUGCUUGAAUCUUGUGAAUGCUAAUCAAGCUGGUGGCUUUGUGGACUUCCUUCUAAUCUACUGUAAUCUCCAGGAUAAAGGUGUCAACUUACA